CCCUUUCGAUUUUGUAUAACAUUUCCGUGUGGGUUUUUCGGAUGAAAAAUCAACGUCGGUAUUAACGAAGGAGAGGUAAAUUAUUCCCAUGUGGCAAUUGAAUUUAUUUUUAACAGUUUUUAAAGCUCAUGGGUCUGUAAGAUCAAAUAUUCCAAGACGAAGAAAACCAUCAAAGUUCCUUAUAAUGGGGCCAUUAACAGUUUGUCGUCGUUGAUAUUCGGAUGUGUUUUUCGUAAAGGCAGGAAUGGAGUUUCCGUUAGAAAACAGCUCUCCAGUUGUAGUUAUUGUGCUCUCAUUUUUGUUUCCAUUCCUGAUUAUUCCAAUUGGACGAUUUGUUAUCAGCUUUUGGCGCUUUCGCGUUUUGAUUAAUCGAUUGCCACAAGGGCCCCGACCUUUUCCUAUUGUGGGCAACGCAUACCCGUUAAUGGGGAGAUUUGAUUGCCUACUUCAAAUGUUACAAGUCGAUUGGCAGCGCACUUACGGAGAGAUAUACUGCACUUAUAUGGGUUCUAUCUGCACCAUCAACAUCUCGUCUCCUGAACUCCUUGAGCCCAUUCUAAAAAGCCAGAAACUUAUGCAUAAAGGAGCCACGUAUAAAUUUUUUGAACCAUGGUUGGGCGACGGGCUUCUUUUAAGUACAGGGGCCAAGUGGAAAAUGAGGAGACACUUGUUGACUCCGACCUUCCACUUUCAAAUCUUGUACACUUUCAUCGAAGUUUUCAAUAAACAGAGUCUAAUAUUAUGCGACGUAUUGGACAAACGACGCCAGAGUCAACAAGAGGAUGACAUUAUCAAUGUUUAUCCAUUCGUUGCCAAUUGCACCCUCGACAUUAUCUGUGAGGCCGCAAUGGGAGUUUCAGUGAAUGCGCAAUACCAGCGUUCAGAAUACGUCAAAGCCAUUUACAGGAUUAAUCAGAUUAUUAUGGAAAGGUUUUCAAAGCCUUGGUUGGUUAACGAUUUCAUAUUUAAAUUUACUCCGCAAGGCCGGGAACAAAGUUGUUUGUUGAAAACUUUGCACUCGUUCACCAGAAAUGUGAUAGAAAAUCGACGAGAAUUGCUGGCCAAAAUGCAAAAUGAAAUGGCCGACGAUGGCCAAGAUGUGGAAACUGCACCAGGGAAUCGGCGACCGCUUUUGGACACGUUACUAGGAGCUAAAAGCAGCGAUGGAACUAAUGUGGGACUCGCUGAUAAAGAAAUUCAAGAAGAAAUCGAUACGUUCAUGUUUGAGGGUCACGAUACGACGGCUUCUGCCGUUUCCUGGUUCUUAUACUGCAUGGCUGCCAAUCCUGAAUGUCAAGAAAGAGCUUGGACUGAACUGCAAAAUGUUUUUGGGGAAUCGGAUCGUGAGUGCUCUCAACAGGAUCUGUCUGAAUUCGUUUAUCUAGAGUGUUGCUUGAAGGAAUGUUUAAGAAUGUACAGCUCUGCGCCACACAUUGAGAGAUACGUUAAAGAAGAAUUCCAGCUCGGAGAAUACCUCAUUCCGGCAGGAUGUACUUUAAUUUUGAUGUUGUAUGGCAUUCACCAUAACCCACGAGUACAUCCAGAUCCAUGGACUUUCAAUCCGGACCGGUUCCUACCUGAGCGAUUGCAAGGGCGUCACCCUUACGCUUAUAUUCCGUUCAGCGCUGGACCUCGAAACUGCAUUGGCCAGCGCUUUGCAAUGAUGGAGAUCAAAAUUAUCGUAUCAACUUUAUUACGUCGUUUCAAAUUCGCAUUGUCACCGCUGUCGGCAAAACCAGUUCCGUCGAUGCAAUCCGUUUUGAAACCAAUUGACGGGCAGAUAAAUCUUCUCAUUUCUGCUCGUUAAAAAAAUGUAGAAUUUUUUUUCAUUGUGUGAUUAAACAAAAGCUGUUUCAAACUUUAUCUCUUCAAUUUUGCAACUGUUUAAUGUUGUUAAAUUACGAAAAGUAUCAACACGUUUCCUCGCUAGUUUCGUAUGGUAAUACAAAACCUUUUUGU